ACAAGAUGUUUUAAACCUAUCUGAGACCAGAAAAGAUCAUGCUGCUUCCUCAGAUCUAGAGUCUGAUAGACAUCAACCAGACCGUUGUAUAUGGUAUGCUGGGUUCCGACAUGGCUAAACCUCUGCUGGAGUCUGAAAAUGGCGCUGAAUCAUGUGUCCAGCCGCUUGGGCAAACUAUUGGGAUUCUGGGUACUGGGGACUUUGCCCGCUCACUGACCACUCGACUGCUGUACUCUGGUUUCAAAGUUGUUGUUGGAAGUCGUAACCCAAAGCGCAGUGUAGGCCUGUUCCCAGCUGAUGCUGAGGUGAUGCUCCAUGAAGAUGUAGUGACACGAGCAGAUGUGUUUUUUGUGGCCCUGUACAGAGAACAUUUUUCUACACUGAGCAAGUUAUCAAGACACCUUGCUGGGAAGAUAUUGGUGGAUGUCAGCAACAACUUCAAGGUCAACCGUUACGGGGAAUCUAAUGCUGAAUAUUUGGCGUCUCUCUUCCCACAAAGCACUGUGGUCAAAGGAUUUAAUGUGGUGUCUGCUUGGGCUCUGCAGUCUGGCCCCUCAGAUGGAAAUAAACAGGUCCUGAUCUGCUCUGACAAUAUCUUUGCAAGAAAUGAUGUCGCUUCCAUUGCUCGCAGCAUGGGAUUUAUCCCAGUGGAUAUGGGAGCCCUUUACUCCGCAAGGGAAAUUGAGAACAUACCACUCCGGCUCCUGCCCUUCUGGAAAAUCCCUGUGGUGCUUGGGGUCUGUCUCUUCUGUUUCUUUUACAUGUACAAUUUUAUAAUCGCUGUCUUGCACCCAUACAAGAACAAGAACAAGUUCUACAAGCUUCCCAUUGAGCUUAUGAAUGUAACGUUGCCUUGCGUGGCCUAUGUUCUCCUGUCUCUGGUGUAUCUUCCAGGCAUCCUGGCAGCCUUUUACCAGCUGCAUUACAACACUAAGUACCGGAGAUUCCCUGACUGGUUGGACCAGUGGCUGUUACAUAGAAAACAGAUCGGACUGGUCAGCUUUUUCUUUGCAGCUCUGCAUGCGGUGUACAGUUUGUGUCUGCCCAUGCGCCGGGCUGCCCGCUACCUCCUUAUCAACGAUGCAUAUAAACAGAUUAAACAAGAUAUUAGUAAUGGCUGGGUAGAAGAAGAGGUCUGGAGGAUGGAGUUAUAUGUUUCUGCUGGGAUUCUAGCAUUCGGAGUGCUAUCCAUACUUGCUGUUACUUCGAUUCCAUCAGUUACAAAUUCCUUGAAUUGGCGUGAGUUCACCUUCAUCCAGUCUAAGCUGGGAUUUGCUGCCCUGGUAAUCAGCACCCUGCACACGCUCCUGUUUGGGUGGAAACGAGCAUUUGAUGGAACUCGCUACAAGUUUUACUUGCCGCCAACCUUCACUCUCACUCUGCUUGUGCCUUUUGCAGUCAUCUUGGCGAAAAUUGUGCUUCUUUUGCCAUGUGUUGAUCGGAGGUUGCUGAGAAUCAGGAGGGGAUGGGAGAAGAAUGGGUCUGUAAAGUUUCACUUGGCAAAUAAUAACCAGGAUUUAACUGAAACUAUUAGUCAUCUAUAAAUGAGUCAAGUGAAAAACCGCAGUCGUUUUAGACCUUUCUAGUGCCUGACGCCCAGAAAUGUGCUGCCAACCCUUAGAGAAUUCAGCUGUAACUAUCUUAAUCUGAAGAAAUCAGUUCCUGUCGUAAAGUGCACAAUUCCUUUGUCAGUGUUCUGUAUUAGUUUGAACUGGUUUAUUGGUUGCCUAUUUAUAUGUGUGUGUGUGUUUCCAGGUCUGUGUGUAUGUACAUUUGUGCAAAUAUGUAGAUUCCAUAUAUAAACAUAUGUGUCAGAUAAUAGUAUCUCACUGUUCCAGCAAGUUGUUAUUU